GCUGGAAAGUGCCGCCUGAGUGAGAGCUACCCAUUGUUUUUGUUGACCUGGUCAUUUCAUCUCAUCUGUUUGCGGCUUUUCACCCAGUUCGCCCGAGUCUAUUUCCAUGCCAAAUGGCCGCCUUCAUGGAGGAAGCGUUAGUGGAGGCGAGGCGGGCACGUGACGCCGGCGAGGUGCCCGUGGGCUGUGUGUUCGUUCAUGGGGACAAGGUGGUCGCACGUGGCGGGAACGAGGUGAACGUCCACCGGAACGCCACUCGCCACGCGGAAUUCAUUUGCAUCGACGCUAUCCUCGCCAGCUGCCGCGAGAGACGUCUGCCGGCCCGCCAGCUGUUCAGCGAGAUCACCGUGGUGGUCACCGUGGAGCCCUGCAUUAUGUGCUCCGCCGCCCUGCACACUCUGGGCGUCAAGGAGAUCAUCUACGGCUGUGAGAACGAUCGUUUCGGAGGAAAGACGGUCGUGGAUGUGGCCGCCGUCGUUGGCCAUAGGAUCGAGAUCACGGGCGGUGUGCGGGCGGAUGAGGCGAUGGCUCUGCUAAAGGAUUUCUACAAGGGCGACAAUCCGGCGGCACCGCCACAGGCCAAGAAGAAAAAGUAGGAUCAAUUGUCGAGGCCAAAAGCGUGCGUGAAGAAGGGGAGCAUGAAUGGAGUCAACCACUGAUCCUCAAAGAAGUAGGAAGCUAUUACAGUCAUUGAAGUAAUAUUUAAAGUAUGAUAAAACUAUAGAAAAAUAGUAGAAUGCAAAAGUCUACGUUUUCGUAAAAUUCAAUUACUUCCAAGCCUUCCAAAAUCCGGAAACGAGCAGAUUACCGAAAAUCCGAAGGCAAACCUCUAGUUUACUCAUUAUUUCAGAGGGAACAAGCCAAGAAACGUAUUUAUCUUAUAAAAGGAAUAGUAUUCCGUCGAAAUCAUCGUGAAAUAGAGAACGAAUUUCAAAAACGCAAUCAGAAAUGAAAGUAGUUAGAAUACAUAAAACUACAAUCGCAUAAAGAAUGAAAACAUUAGUGCUCCAGUCAUCUGCAUCCUGGAGGCAUACAUCCGAAAGUAAAAUAAGUACCACUGCAUCAUUCUUCGACGAUUUCUGUAUAUGAUUCAAUUUAUUAUAAUCUUUAAGCAUAGUCUAAGAUAUAUUGUAUAUGGCGUUCAGAACGUAUGUUUUAACUCUAAGCAUAAAUACAAUUACUGCAUGAAAGCUACAGCAUUUACGUGUGUGUAGUGAAGGCUGUGCCUGUUUCCACUAUAGGAAGACUACUCAAAACCUUUUGUUUCCUUUUCAAAUGCGUAAAGUGCAGUCUCGCUAGCAGUCCGACACCAAGAAUCUAGUUUACCCUCCAACAAUCGAAGCAAUAUAUAUUAUAGAAAUAUAUGGUUGUAUUAUAGGCUAACUUGUUUUAAGUUCCCACUUGUAAGAUAAAUGUCGGAGGGCUGCACCCGUGCUUAACCUAAUGUAAUUUCCCUACGUCCUAAGCUAACUCUUCGGUUCGAUCGUUUGCUGCGCCAGCUUAUUGCCUCGAUCGCAAUCAGCUAGCUGCCAAGCUGGCCAUCAAGUGCUGGCGCAGCAAACGAACAAUGGCGGGCGACUAAGUGAAUCUAGACUAAAUCUAAUUAAAUGCGCAUGCUGCGGCGUCUAUGGCCAAUGUUGAGCCACUCCAGCGGCACGUUUCCGCCCACAUUGUAGGUGGUGGGCGUGCAGUUGGGCAGCUUGCGGGCGGGCUCGCAUCGUCGGCUAACGUUCCAGUAGGCGAAUCCCUGCGGACAGCGGUGGAUCUGGCCUUCGAUGCGACCCGUCAGCUCCGAGAAUCCGCACUUGACGAACAGCUGGCCGCACUGGUCGUUGUUGAGCGCGAAGUGACCCUC